UCGCACCAGUUUGGAAGUCUCGUGCACGGUGCGCUUUUGUAGUAUUCAGUGGGCCAUGGUGGCGCGAAGUGAGAGCAUGUACGGGUGCUACGACAGCUACUCUUAUAGACUUUGGAGUCUCGCCAAUGUGUGGAACACCUGUCAAUUUCCCACCCUCACGAAUGGGGUGAGCAAAGAGGGCGAGGAGGGUGAAUGUUUCAUCAAGUGUCCGCAAUGCCAGAAGGGUUGCCCGACGAUACAAUCGCUGAAGGAUCACAUGGAGAUGGCCCAUCCGGAGGCGUGCAUCGAAGCAGCAGGGAAUCUGCAGACGAUGCCGAGCGCCGUUUCACCGACGCCGAGUCUCGGUGCCGGAGUCGGCGGUCCCUACGGUUGCUCCCAAUGCGCCACGUCCUUCGCCAGCAAAGAUCAAUUGGAGAAGCACGAACUGUUGCACUCUGCAAACGCACAAGUGUCUUGUAAAAUCUGUAACAAAACCUUCGCCAACGUCUACCGACUGCAAAGACACAUGAUUAGCCACGACGAGAGCGCGGUUUUGAGGAAGUUCAAAUGCACGGAAUGCGACAAGGCGUUCAAGUUUAAGCAUCACCUGAAGGAGCACAUCAGGAUACACAGUGGCGAGAAGCCGUUCGCGUGCGGGAACUGCGGCAAGAGGUUUUCUCACUCUGGAUCGUAUUCCAGCCACAUGACAUCCAAGAAGUGUUUGGUGAUGAAUCUGAAAUUGGGAAGGACCAGAGCGCCGACGACGACGGCGUCCGGUGUAUCCGAGAAGAUGACAUCUCCGAGCACCCGAGGACCCAAGAGGCAGCUGAACAACAACAUCGCCACGACAAAUCACAACGCCUAUUUGCCUAUUCUUCCGAAAUAUUCGGAGGCCGCCGCCGCAUUCAUCCAGAACAUCCAGGCCUCCAAUCCGGCAAUCCAUCCAUUCUACAUGGCUCAUCACGGUCUUCUGAACGCGGCGAACGGACAUCCUUUGAAUCCGUAUUCCAUGCCAGCGUUGACGCAUCUGCUGGAGCAGCUGCAGGGUUCCUCGCCUGGCCACAGGAUGCAGGAGGACGCCAUCAAGUUGGAGGAUCAGAAGGAGUCUAAUAAAUCGAACUCGUCCAGUUGCGGUGAUCUCAUCAUGGACGAAGAAGAGGUGGAGAUCAAAUCGGAGAACAACGACAUCAAAUCCGAGCUGAACAGCAGCAGCAACAACGAUGAUUUGGAGGCGGUCAAGAGGAUAUUGGACACGGUGAAUGCGUCCGUGACGAAGCAAUUUCUGCGUGCGAACAUGCAGAAAUACUCUGACAACUCGAGCGAUUGUCAGAGCGUGCGGUCCACGCAUUCCCCGACCACGGAGCUCUACUGCAACGGCUGCAAGAAAAAUUUCGCCGGACAAUUGGAGCUCGAGGAGCACGAAUGCGAAACGAACGUCGAUGUCAAGAGCGAGGGAUUGGCCGCCAAAUUGGAGGAGGCGAUUGUGCCGAAAACGGAACCGCAGGAGGCGAACGGAAUGGGAAGCGGUAACGAGGAGGAGGAUGAUAAGCAGCAGCAGGAGUACGAUAUGGACAGCGAGUCCGUGACGACGACGGAUCAGCUUACCGAGGAUGGGAGAAAGGUGCGAGUGCGAUCGCUGAUCUCGGACGAGCAGCUGAAGGUUCUCAAAGACAAUUACAAUACGAAUCCGCGUCCGAAGCGCGAAGAAUUGGCGAAGAUCGCCGAUCAGAUCGGCUUCCAGGUGCGCGUCGUGCAAGUGUGGUUCCAGAACACGAGGGCGCGCGAUCGCCGCGAAGGCCGUUUCAUCCAUUCGACCUACAAUACGCCGCCCCCGCCGCCGCAGCAGCAGCAGCAGCAAUCGUCGACGAUGACGAUCAAUUCGCGCUACCCUCCUCAAUCCGUGGUGCCUUCACAAACCCAGCAGUAUCCUGUCCACAAAAUUUACCCCCAACAUUAUUCCAGCGAGCAACCGCUGGAUCUCUCCACCAAGAAGGAACAACCGUCGAGGGAGUCGUCGCCGGCGAGCUCGCCGCAGCGACCCUCCUCCAUACACCAUCAUUCCGACUCGGGCGAGGAGGUCGUCAAUCUCAGUCACAAAUCCUCGAGAAGCCCGACACCCUUCCAGCAGCACCAUCAGAUCCCCCCGUACCAAAGUCAUUACCAAGCGUCGAAUUGCUCUUCGGAGCCGCGCCGUUCCCCAUCCCCCGUCGACUACCAUCUCCAUCAGAAUAACAACAGCAGCAGCAGUAGUAGCCGACUGGCGCACAUCCUCGGACAGCCGUCGCACAAGCUCGCUCUGCCCUUCAUGCCCAUCGAGAGGAUCAUGCAGUACGGUCCGCACGACAUGUCCAACUUUACGCAGCACCUCAUCAACAGCCGCAUCUCCAGCAUCAGUCCCAACUCUGAUAAACGCUCCUGGUCGGACGCGGCGGCCGCAGUAUCAUCCUACGGUGACAUGGACUGCGACGAAGAUCUGCAGCAGUCGAAACGUGGAAAACUCGCCGCGAAGGGACUGGGAAGUCCGAUGCUCGGCAACCAGGAGGUCGAGAUCGAGGGACAGUUCACGUGCGACCAAUGCGAAAAGGCUUUCUCCAAGCAGAGUUCACUGGCCCGACACAAAUACGAGCACUCAGGUCAGCGUCCUCACAAGUGCGACGAGUGUCCGAAGGCCUUCAAACACAAGCACCACCUCACCGAGCACAAGCGUCUGCACACGGGCGAGAAACCUUUCCAGUGCUCCAAGUGCCUGAAGAAGUUCUCCCACUCUGGCUCCUACAGCCAGCACAUGAACCAUCGAUAUUCGUAUUGUAAACCAUACAGAGAGUAAGAAAAUUGCACACACACACACA